GUUUCUCUCCCAAGAACUCACCGCAAGCGGAGAAGACAAAUCCUUUUCCAAGCACCAAGAGAAAUUACCAAAAUGGAAGCUCUUACCCAGGAAGUCCGCAGAUUGGUCGAGACCGGCGAUGAGAAGACUCGCAAGGAGGUGCUGGAUGCCCUCAGCAAGCUGAGGGCUUCGAUUGAGUCUCCGGACGACACUGUCCAGCGAAUUACCUUCUAUAACAUGCAACUCGCCGGAAUCCGCAUUGGCAUCGACUUGAAGUUAUUCGAGCUGCUGGCCCAAAAUGAAGGCCCUCACACCGUGGACGAAUUGAGCCAGAAGACCGGUGCGAAUCCAGUCUUCCUUGCCCGUCUCUUGCGUUACUUGGCAUCUUACUAUGCCGUCGAGGAGGUGUCAAAGGAUACCUUCGCUGCGUCGCGCAUCUCGAAGACGUUCGCCGUGUCUGGAUUUCAGGCUGCGGUUGGUCAUAUGUGGAACAACUGUGGCCAGAUUAUCCAAGAGCUUCCCACUUGGCUGAGGGAGAACAACUACCCAGAUAUCCAGGACAGCAUGAAGACCCCCUUCCAGAAAGCCCUCAACACCGAUGUGCCCGCUUUUAUCUAUAUGCAGCAGCAUCCCGAGGCUCUAGCUUACUUCAUGGAGCACAUGAUGGCCAACCGAGCCGGCAUGCCCACUUUUUUGGACGUCUAUCCUGUCGAAGAAAAGGCGGCCACCGGCCUUAGCCCCAAGAGAGCGCUGUUUGUCGAUAUCGGUGGUGGCAUUGGCCACCAAGCGGUUGCUUUCAAGCAACGCUAUCCCCAGCUUGAGGGCCGGGUCAUUGUCCAGGAUCUUCCGCAAACCUUGGCUCACGCCAUUCAAUCCCCCGGAGUGGAGACGCAAGCGUACGACUUUUUCACGCCCCAGGUUGUCAAAGGCGCCAAAUUCUACUACCUGCGGAAUAUCUUCCAUGACUGGCCCGACCACAAAUGCCGCGAGAUCAUCAAGAACACUCUUGAUGCUAUGGCGCCAGACUCCGCUCUCUUGAUUGAUGAGAUGGUUCUGCCUAACUCCGGAGUUCACUGGCAGCAGGCGCAGUUGGAUAUGCUGAUGAUGACGACUCUCGGAGCUCGGGAGCGGACGGAGGAGCAGUGGUACCGUCUGGUCGAAGAAAGUGGGCUGACUAUCAGCAAAGUCUACACCUACACGGCCAGCCUGCGGGACAGUAUCAUCGAGGUUGUGCCCACUUCGCCUGCCAAAGCCUAGUUUAGUUCUUGUCUCUUGUUGUAAGCGCCCGAUAUUUGUUAGUCAAGAAAUCUAUGCAUUUGUCAUGGACUUAGAGAAGCAAG